AGUUCAACCAUAAAAACCGUUUACCCAACAACACGGCGAGGGGAGUAAAAUCGUUUAAUUGGAUUUCCGAUUUCCACCCACCACCUUGAGUCUUUCGGAUACAAUCAUUGAAAACCGCCCGAGUGGCCCCCCCAAAAGCUGAAAAGAGCUAACUGAAAAUCACACGCAUCUCAAGCAACCGGCCAAAAGUAUCUUCGGGAUUCUGGAGCUGAAGAGAAUCUUGUUUAGAUCAAAAAAUUAGUGUGAAGGGUUAUAUCCGCCCCAGAAAACACCAAAAAUAUCUGAUAUCGGCAUAAAAACCCACAAAUUCAAGCUAAGAACUACAAUAAUAUUCACAAGAAAAUUAUAAACGUUAAUCAAAUAAGAUAUAAUACGUAAUUUAUGAGAUAUACGAAUUCUACAAAAGAGUUUUAAGUAAAAAAUCUACAAAAACCGAAAUUCCUGAAACUUGAAUGGUAAAUUGCCUUGAAACAAAAGAAAAAACAUAAAUACCUGUUUAAAACUCGAACAUACACCUACAUUAUAUCUAAAAUUAUCCAAAAGAAAGAGAUCCAAUUGAAUUUGGUAGACCAGCAUUAAAAUCCGGAACCAGAACUGCGGUAAAGAAGUGCGGAAGAUACAUAAUUGGAGUUUAAAGGAGCCCGAUGAACAUCUAUAUAAGUCUGAAGGAAUAAGAGGAGAUAUAUUUUUUGUUUCAUAAUAAAUUAAGUUGAAUAACACAUCAUUCCACCAUGGGCUUUGAGAUUGAUACCCAGAAGAUUUGUGAGGAGCUGCAGAGCACUGACCGCCGUCUGAAGACCAACGUUCUGGGAGAAUUGCGUGACCAGAUACAAAAUGCAUCGGAGAACGUAACCACAGAGAAUAUAGCCCAGAUCUUCGAUCAACUAUACCUACAUCUAUUGAAAUCCUACGAUGACCGCUUUGAAAGUGUUCGCGAUCAUGCCGUUCAAGCGGUAAAUGCUUUUCUCAACCGACUGCCGCCCAUGGAUUUCCACCUUAUGAAUGUGGUUUCCACAUUGGCGGAACGAAUGGGAAAAGCCGAAACCGUGGAGCCCAGCGAGGAGAUUCGCCUGCUCUACAUUGCCCAGCUGAAUUUGAUGGUGUGCCAAUAUGCAAAGAUGGGUAACGUCGGCGUCUUCAGGGAGUGCUAUCCCCUGGUGGUCAAAAUUCUGAUCAAGUCCAUCAAGGAUGACUAUCCGGUUGUUCAGCGCGAGGGAUGUUCCACAAUAGUUAGUCUCGCUCGAGUGGCUGAGACCCAGGAGCUGCGUCCCUUUACGGAGUCUCUAUUGGUACCUCUUUAUGGCAUGUUGAAUCACAAACAUGCCCAGGCCAGGAUCUCAGCGGUUGAGGCCAUCGCCAGACUGAGUCUUCACAUAGACGCCAGUGGUGAGGGCAUGAGGAGGCUCUUCAACGAGGUCUCCCCCCUCCUAAUGGACACAAUGCCCUUGGUUCGUCGUGAAGUCGGUCAGAUGGGCAUCCUCAUGCUACUGGAGCUUUUGGAUCGCUAUUCCUUUUUUGAGAGAAUCCUACCCCUGGUCUUGUGCUGCCUCAAAGACGACUCUCCGGAGGUUCUGAAUCACAUCUACCCCCAGUGGCUUAAGUGCGGCGAACUGUAUUUCGAUGAAAAUGAAGCCGAGAUGACGCAACAGGAGAUCAGCGAUCUGCCAGCUGAGAACUAUCCACAGGAUGUCAAGCGUCCAACUAUAGGAUGUCGCGGCUUGGUGCAGCGUUCUUUGAGAUUGUUGCAACUUAUAACCCGAGAAAUUGGUGACUGGAAGGAUAAUGUUCGUCUGCACUCCUUGAAGCUCCUGUAUCAAUUUGUCCUACAUGCCGAGGCUGCCAUGACAGCCAAGUUCUUUGAGAUCUACGGGGAUUUGGCCCAUGCCUGUAUCGAUCCUGUGGCAGAAGUCAAUGCGGAAGCUGCCAAGGUGGCGGAUUUGAUGGGUCGUUUACUGUCAUACGAUGCCUGGAUAGAUCAUGGUUUCGAUGGCCUAGAGCGUAAUGCCCGGGAGUCCUAUAUGAGAUGUUUCUACCACAUGUUCAGCGCUUCCCUGGGUGGCACCUACGACCAGCUGAUGAAGUUGGCCAAGCUCCUGCGUAGCACCGACUAUUCGCACACCCUGAAACCAGGCUUCCAACUCUAUAUACUCAAACUCUUGGACACCAUUGUGGAUAAGUCACAGAAGCUCAAAGCGGAAGAGGAUGAGUUGCAGGAUCUCUACGAGUCAGUCUAUGUAAGUGGCGUUAAGGUCAUGGCCUUAUCCUAUUCCCUCAACAGCAACGGAAACGAAGAUGUCAAUCGAGGUCAAAUGCUGAUUGAAAAAAUUGUCAAGCUCGAAGAAACUACGGUGGCCAAAAUUCAUGAACGUUGGUUCCAUUUGGCCCUCAGAGAUGUGGAAAAUUUGGAUGCUAGUUUGGAUGAUAAUUCUGAGCCUGUGAUGCUGCUAGAUGGCUUGAUAAACAUGUGCCUCCUUCGAGCCACAUACAUAGAUGAUCUUAUGGAAAAAGUGAAGGUGGUAUUUGAGCAUUGCUCAGAUAGUGCUCAAGUGAAGAUCUUCAGCAGUCUCUCGAUGGCAACGCUAUUUUGGUCGAAGACAAUGGAUGUAGAUCAUCAAAGCAGCACUCAGAAAUUGAACGACUUCAUAUCGCAAAUUGUGGAGCCCUAUUUGACGUGGAAGGCUGGAUCGAAUGCCGAGGCCAUGAGAUCCCUGGCCAUGGCUACAUUGUGUGCUUUGGCCCAGGGAGCCGAGGAGGAAGCUGUGGAUGUUUUACCUGCUCUGGCCAAACAUAUGCCCGGUUUACUCGAAGAUCGUAAUGUAACCACACGGCAUUAUGCCAUCAAGGCGGUGAUUUACUUCCGGAAUAUGUCUGUGGAGGACUUGAAACCAUUGGCUUAUGCCACCAUGCAGCGCAUGGAUGAUCCUUCGGCUGGGAUUCGUGUCCUGGCUGCUCUGGCUGUGGGCAAAUUGAAGCCCAAGUUCAGUGAUUUGGAGAAGGAAGCGGAGCACGAAAAGGAGGUCUGGGCUGCUUUCGUAACACGUGCCAUGGAUCUGCUGUUGCUCUACCACGAGAGCCCCGAAAAGGACAUGAAGGCAGCUGUGGAAGUCACCCUCAAGGUGCUGGCCCAAUCCCAUCCAGAAGCCUGGGAGGAUCGCUUUAAACGAGCCCUAUGUAUGGUUCAGAAGAAGGAUCAACUCAACGAGCUCUACGAUAAAUUAACCAUCAAAGACGAACCAGAUCCUGAAGCUUCAGCUACAGCCUAAAAUCUGAUCCAUUUUUCCAUUACAUUUAUAAAUUGAAUAAGUUAUUCUUCUAUAUAUCCAUUGUAAUUUUCCAAAGUAUGUACUUUUUCUAAAUCAAAUCUUUCACUCUCAAAUAAAUUAAUAUGUUCGGCCAAACACUUUAAUUUCCCUUUACAAUUUCUAGUUUACAUUCUGG